GGAGAGGGUUCCCCACCCCAUCCCCCACCCUGUAGUUUGAAAAGGAGCCGCCGAAGUACCCUUAGCUUGACUUUUCUUUGUUACUUAGCCCUCCGCCCAGAAGGGGAAGGUAAGCGGUCUCCAGUCGCCUGCCCUUACGGAUCUUGCUUUAAAAUGAAAAUAAGAUCAUGGGAGAACUGCAACUCAGUAACAACUCACUUUCCGUGUAGGACUAACUGUUGCGCGUUGGAAAGAAUUGUUUCUAACUGAGAAGUAUAUUGACAGCGGUUGUUUCACUUGGUAUUAAUAUGGUUAUGCGUCCAAACAAAAAAAUCCGCUAUAGCCACCCGCCUUCUCGCGGGGGCCGAGUUCCGCCCGGAGUGGAAAGGCUGUCUGCCGCCGGGGAUCGCCUACUGGGGAAGUUUUCACACGCUUGGGGAAGGAGGCUGGAUGCUGCGAGUCGUUUGCUCUUUGUGCCGGGACUGGGGAGGGCGCCCCGCCUCUGCCCCGCAGAUCUCUGUCUCCGGGAAAGGCAACUGGAGUCUUCAGCCCGCCCUGGACUGGGCGCGAUCUUUGUGGGUGGAGAGGGGAAGGAAGUCGGAGGAAGGGAGCUCGCCCCCCGCGCCCGGGGAGCCCCAGAACGUCUGGCUGGAAUGCGCGCAGGGGUUCCGGAGGCGCGGCUGGCACAGACCCCGGGCCCGGACACGCGGCCCCGGCCCGGCCCGCGCGGCCCAGCAACGUCCGGGAGCUGGUGAGGCCCUGGCCGCCACCGGCCGAGGGCUGCCCGCCACCCGAAAGCGCGGCCCGGGAAGAGGGCGCGUUCCCUCCCCGGAGCGCCUUUGUUCGCGCUGGCCGGCUGCCGGGACCGGGCAGAGCCGCGCCCGGGUGAGGCAGGUCUCAUUUAAGAGUUCACAGAGGAAGUACAUGAGAGAGCUGCAUGAGGUUCCUCACUGACCUCAACAAAGGAUGCCAGCGUGGAGAAGCUUUGUGGUUCCAGCGUCUACAUUCCACACUGUGCUCCGUAUCUUGUUUAACAGGAAGCUCCUUUUUCAUUUUUAAUUAUCACUAUGUAUUAAGAUGGACAUCUGUUCUGAAGACUACACAGUUCUAUGGUCUCCCAGAAGCCAGUACGCAUUUAAAACGGAUCCCAAAUAGAAGUAGACCUGAAUGGAUAUGAGGAUGUUUGUUGGCAGCAGGAGAGUCAAAAAAUGGCUGUUUUUUCAAUUACUUGCCACUUGUUUUAUACUAAGCCUCAUGUGUUUUUGGAUCCCAUUGGAUAACCACAUCCUAAGCCACAUGAAGUCCUACUCUUACAGAUACCUCAUAAAUAGCUACGACUUUGUGAAUGACACCUUGUCUGUGAAGCGCAGCUCCGAGGACAUUCCUAGCUUCCAGUACUUGAUCAACCAUGAUAAGAAGUGUCGAGCACAAGACGUCCUCCUCCUGCUGUUUGUAAAGACUGCUCCUGAAAAUUACGAACGUCGUUCUGUGAUUAGAAGAACGUGGGGCAAUGAGGAGUAUGUUCGGUCCCAGCUUAAGGCCAACAUCAAAACCCUGUUUGUCUUGGGGACUUCUUCCAAUCCACUGAAGCGGGAAGAAUUACAAAGACAACUAGUUCGGGAAGAUAAAAUGUAUAAUGAUAUAAUUCAGCAAGACUUUGUUGAUUCUUUCUACAAUCUUACUCUUAAAUUACUUCUUCAGUUCAGUUGGGCCAAUACCUUUUGUCCACACGCCAAAUUCCUUAUGACUGCCGACGACGACAUAUUUAUUCACAUGCCAAAUCUUGUCGAGUACCUUCAAAGUUUAGAACAAAUUGGUGUUCAAGAUCUCUGGAUUGGUCGUGUUCAUCGUGGCGCCCCUCCCAUUCGAGACAAAAAGAGCAAAUACUACGUCUCCUAUGAAAUGUACCAGUGGCCGGCUUACCCCGACUACACGGCUGGUGCUGCCUACGUGAUCUCCAAUGAUGUCGCCACCAAAGUCUACGAGGCAUCACAGACGCUUAACUCUAGUCUCUACAUAGACGAUGUGUUCAUGGGCCUCUGUGCUAAUAAAAUGGGGAUUGUACCACAAUACCAUGUGUUUUUUUCUGGGGAAGGUAAAACUCCUUAUCAUCCAUGCAUCUAUGAUAAAAUGAUGACAUCCCAUGGACAUGUCCAAGACCUUCAGAAACUUUGGGAGGAUGCCACAGACCCUAAAGUAAAAACGAUUUCAAAAGGUUUUUUUGGUCAAAUAUACUGUAGGUUCAUUAAGAUAGCUCUCCUUUGCAAACUGAGCUAUGUCGACACUUACCCUUGUAGGGCCGCGUUUGUCUAGUAGUACUUGAAUGUUGUUUGUUUUCACUGUCACUGAGCCAAACCUGGAUGAAAAACCUUUCAAUGUGUGUCUAUACCCAAAGCAAAAUGAAUACGAGAGACAGAGAUUUUGAAAGCCCAGUCUCUCAGAAUGUUUCCUGGAGUCUGCCUACAAGCUGUUCAGUAUAACUUAUCUACUUCAUUGCCUAAAUUCAUUUCAAGGGGUUUUAUAUUUAGAAAAUGUUUAUAUGAAAACAAAAACCAAAGGGAAACUCAAGUUCUCACUUAAAGCCAGUAUAUGGAACUGCUUUCGGAAAAUACCAGUUGAAUGUACAGUAUAGCAUUUUAAAGAAAUGAAUCUAUUGUUGGACCAGGUAUACAUACAGGUUUAAUUUUAUGAAAGAGCACUUGGCAGAGGUGGCAACGGGAGGGACGCUGGCACAGGAGAAAGAACAUGAAUCUAGUAAAAGAAAACCUCCUCUCAUUGAGAGGCGAUUUAGAAAAGUACACAAGGUGCAAGACGAACAGCCAGAUCAUGUACUGUCACAUCCAUGUAGCUACUGUAUCAAAAUAGUGUUGGACUCACUGAAAAUAUGUUCAUGUAUUUUUUUCAAAGCUCGAUGUGAAAUGUGAGAAAAGUCGUUAACUCUACCCUAACUGGUUCCUUAUGUGGCUUUUUUUGAAUAUUAGAAAAUGACACAAAACCCGGGCACUUUGUUACCCGUAACGUCCUUCCCUCGGGAGGAAUCGCCGCUAACUCACAUAAGCUGGUUUUAAUUUCAUGAAUUUUCAACUGGUUUUUAAAUAUCCCAAAUUGGUCUAUAUAUAAGGUAAUUAUUUAAAUGCGGUUUGCAGAGAAGAAUAAUGGAGAAAGCUUCAAAAGGAAAGACAGAACAUUAAAAGCCUCUUUCUCUACAUAAUUUAUAAAAUACAAUUCUUUGUGUCUCAAUCAUUGUAAUGAUUACUAAAAUUAGCCCACCUCUCCCUGGCAAGGUCUCAUAAACCAUCGUUUGUACUUUGUUCCAAGUUUAGGAUUUUUAAUUGAGAGCAUUAAACAUCAAUUCAAAGCAAAAGCACCUUUACAAAAUCUCUUCUUUACUUAAAAUAACCAUUAUAGGUGAUCUUCAACUUUUAAAUACUUCCAACUGGAAAGCAGAAAGGAACUGAUAGGAAAGUUACUGGAAUGAGGCUAAAGCAUUUGUAAAGCUGCGUAUUUCUUGCACUCAAAGAGAUGUAGCUAAGCUCUAACAGAUAGUCACAUUUAUUUUGUAAAAACCAGACCAAGCCUGUUGCCACUGAGUCAGCUCCAACUCACAGCGACCCUACAGGACAGAGUAGAACUGCCCUGUAGGGUUUCCAAGGAGUGGCUGGUGGAUUCAAACUGUCGACCUUUUGGUGAGCAGCUGUAGCUCUUAACCACUGCGCCACCAGGGCUCCUUUAAGGCAGGAUAAAAAUGUGACCACGAGGCAAACAACCGCCCCUCACCGUAGAAAGAACUAGGUGAUGGCAGUCGCAAGGGGGAUUAGGUAAAGGCCAAAACAGUCCCCGCAGCAAAAGCAGUUGAACUGAUUGUAAACUGCUGGCUGCAGAGACCCACUGAGAAAAGCUACGAGGCGUCUUUCGUAAGAUGAUGUCUGACGCACACAAAACAACGGAAGAAUUCUCAGUAGAUGUAACUGGAUGAUGUCUGUAACCUAGCAGGCAGCUUUUUAAUGUUUACAGAAUUUUUUUUUGUUAAUUUAUUUUCUAUUUUGGAAAUUGAGGCUUGUUUACAUUGCUCAGAUAAUUUAGUAUUGUUUAACCAGCAUCAAAAUGUCGCUGUCAAACAUUCUAGGUUGUGGCUGCUUUCAGAGUAGGUUCAGGGAUUUUUGAUCAUUACAGUUUAAUUUUUCUGACUCAUUUUUAAAAGUGUAGAGAACCAAAGCGUAUUUUGACGAGGCACAUUUAAAAUGAAUUUUUACUAGUUGAUUCUUGAAGAGCCAUUGGUCUUUUGGCCACAUAUACCCUGUGUAUCGAUACUUGUAACUGUUUCAAUUUGCCAUUGGUUGGAAACAUCGUGUCCAUUGAGCUGUGGAGAUGAUCCUGUUUACAGCAGUACUCUGUGAAACAAUUAUUUAUCUGCUGAUAGAGUUCUCCUGAACUGUGUUCACUUUUUAUUUUUGCUUAGAAUAGAAUGCGACAGGUUUAAAUUUGAAGGAAAUAUGGACACUUCCUUUUUUUUUUAAUAAGAGGAAGUUGCUAGAUGCUUCCUUUAAUCAGACUUAAAGUACUGAGAAGAGUAUUGUAAAUAAAAGGUCUCCAACCUUUUAAAAAGGAAAGGAAGAAAAAACUUUUUGGUGCUCCAAUGCAGGGUUGUGUUUUUAAAAAUGUCAACAAAGGGGGAAAGAAAAAGAAAAACCAAAACCCUACCAGCCUGGAUGGUCGCCUGAGUAGAAGAUGGACGUCCACAGUGUUACCGCCAAAACCUUUUUACCUCUUGGCUGGUUUGCGUAUUUUUUCCAUAUUACUGAUUUUAUAUUAAAAAAAAAGUUGAAUAUUUAUAUUUGAAUUUUGCUCUUGUAUGGCAAAAUAAUUAGUGGGAUUAAAAAAAAAUAAAUCUAUGAUUUCCAAUAAACGACUUAAAAACUGUCAGCAGAUGUGUAUUUUCACAGAAGUUUUUAAAUUCCUGUGUGAACAUCAGUUGUUUAUAUAAUCAACUCACUCUGCUUAAUGUCAGAGAGGCAUGUGCUACACGAUCUUAGUCCCGUUCCUGUUCAGACACGUUGCUGUGCCCAGGAUACAGGGUUACUGUAUCCUCUGCAUCGGGGAGCCCCUUAGAACACCUUUUGUUUGUGAAAUGACCUAUGCUGGAAUGUCUAAGCAGGCAAAUGUUCUCUCCUAAUUGUGCAGGAAGGGAACUUGUUGAAAUCUUGGAAGUCCAUCCCUGACCCCGUCCCUUCCUGGAGCAUAUCCACUUGCCCCCUCCACCACAGAUACAUAAUCACAUAUAUUACUGUAUUACCUACUAAUUGUUGCAGGUGUUCUUCCCUCAUGAAACUGUGAGUUCUGAAGGCAGGGAUUCUGCACAGUGCUAUCACAUAGUACUCAAAAUCAUUACAGUAGUCUCACCUUAGCCAAGGGUCUGCGGUUUUAGUUACCUGCGGUCAACCUCAGUCCGCAGUGCCUGUGUUCCAGUAACCCUUAUUUUACUUAAUUAACAGCCCCAAAGCGCAAGAGUAGUGAUGCUGGCAAUUCGGAUAUGCCAAAGAGCAGCCGUAAAGUGCCUCUAUUCUAUUCUUAAUUACUGUUAAUGUUUUACUGUGCCUACUUUAUACAUUAAACUUUAUCAUAGGUAUGUAUGCACAGGAGAAAACAUAGUAUAUACAGGGUUCAGUAUUAGCCUCAGUGUAGGCGCCCAUGGGGAUCUUGGAAUGUACCUCCCGUGGAUAAGGGGGGACUACUGUAUUUUUUUCAAAUACAGUGAAUAAGGCAAUAGAGAUAAAACUAUGACAGCAAAGACUGGUGGUCUUCAGGUGUCCAUCAAAGCUGGUGGCAGAACAGAAGCAGCAGAGCUAUAGAUUCUCCCGUCCCCAGUUUAAUCCGCUUGCUAAUUUGUCAUCUCUUAAAGUUCUUUCCGGAGACUCAUAAAGAUAUUUUUGUUUCAUUAGUUCAGUGCCAUGACUUUUUCUCUUUGUAUGCCUCAUCAGAAAUGCGAUUUAAUGCUUCCCUGUAAAUUAAUACAGUAAUUCAUCAAUGACCUAAAAGGUCUCAUUUAACUAAGACUUAAAAUGAUAAAAGUAGGCAUGGGUUUUGGUAACAGAAGCAUCCCAAAAGAUACUGCCGCUUAAGGAGAACAA